UUCUCCCACAACUGGUGGCGACUUUCUGGUGCCGUCAGGAGGCACGCUAGUUAUGGAGGGAUCGAUUAGUGGUGUCGAGUCUGUUCAAUGGAGAAAAGACGGCCGUCCCUUGGCAGAAGAUAACAGAAUUACCCAACAGGUGACUCAGAGCGGUGGCAGUCGAUUGAUCGUCGGCAACGUACGACAGUCCGAUUCCGGCACGUAUUCGCUGUAUGGAGAAAACGAUGCCGGAAUAGCAGAAACGUCUGCUGAUAUUGUUGUGCAAGGUGCUAGUGCUCCCAUUAUCCAGCGUAUGCCAUCCACACCGUCCACAGUUACCGACGAUAGUAUCGAAGUGACGGUCGGUCGACGAGAGGUGAUGGUUCCGCGAGGAAUGACGUUAGGAAUUCGAGGAUGGGCGACCGGCGACCCAUCGCCAUCUUACGGAUGGUUGAAAGACGGGUCGCCCGUGAGUGAUGGAGGCAAAUUCGGUAUCGAUCCUAGUGGAAUGUUACAGGUCAGAAACGUUGGUCCCGGUGAAGCCGGUCGUUACACGUUGGUGGCAACGAACUCGGCCGGAGAAGACCGCGAAUCCAUCGACGUCGUUCUUCCGGUGCGGCCCGCCAUAGAACCCGCCGCGACGGUGAGUCCCGUCCGACCCUUGCCCGACACCGACAGAUCGUACGUCGUCACUCAGGACGCCGAGGUAAUGGAAGGUCGCAGCGUAAGUAUAUCGGCAACGGCGACGGGUCGCCCGGCACCCGGAAUGACAUGGAGACUACCGUCAGGAAGAAGGAUUGCUUCCGGAAGGUCGUACGACCGAUUUCGAGUAACCGACGACGGCACAUUAGUAAUCGACGACACCCGACGACAAGACGAGGGAAUUUACAGAGCGAUUGCAAAGAACAUUGCCGGUCUGGCAAAAGCCAAGUCGAGAUUGAGAGUCUUCGUACCGCCGUCAUUGGAUAGACCGUUGGAUCAGUCCGUUUCGGUCGGUGACAGACCCGUGCUACCGUCUCGAUCACAGCGUACCGUAUCCGCGGUGUUCGGAGAGCCAUUCUCGAUUACCGCAUCGGUUCGAGGAGUUCCUCAGCCAGAGAUAUCUUGGUCUCACAACGGCGAGGUCAUCUCUCCCACCGAUAGGGUUUCGACGACGACGACGACCGUCGGAGACAGAACCGUCAGUACGCUCACCGUCAGCACAGCGGAAAGCGACGAUGCCGGAAUGUAUGCAGUGCAGGUUAAUGGAGAUUCGGGAUCGACUUCGGACUCCGUCGACGUGUCGGUGCAGGCGAGUGGUGCACCCGUGAUCAAUCGAGUUCCAGACAGGGAAGACGUCGUAUCGGAUUCGACGAUCGGCAGUGUCAUCGGCAGACCGAACUUACGCGUUCUGCCCGGCGAGACGGCGGAGGUGGCGUGCACGGCUAAGGGUAGUCCCAAUCCAACGAUAUCGUGGAAUCGCAAUGGAGAAUCGAUCGGUGAGAGCGGUCGAGCUCGUGUACUUGCUAACGGCGUGUUGCAAGUGACCGACUUACAAGAAGCCGAGACGUAUACGUGCGUGGCAAGCAACGAUUACGGAGACGACCGAGAAACGAUGACGCUCGAGCCGGCAGAGGCUCCUCGAUUCGAUCGUCUCUAUCCAGCAGGAGUGUCAUUGAACGUUGGCAAAGGCAACGACCUCGACGUUGACGUUUCGUAUAGUGGCAAUCCACGUCCCGAUGUCAUUUGGAGCUUGCCCAGCGGGAGAAGGCUGCGUGUUGGCGAAACGUACGGAAGAUUCAGCGUGUCAGACGGCGGCUCGCUUCGUAUAAACGAUUCCGAAGCGGCCGAUUCUGGAUCGUACCGAGCCAUCGCCGUUAAUCGUGCAGGUCAAGACGAGACGGAUACACUCGUUCGUGUAGUGGAACCGGUCGACGUCGUAUCGCCGGCUGACGAGAACGUUUUCGUCGACCAAAUUCGCCAAUUACCGACAUCGGAGGGUCCGUACUCAGUGCGCGAAGACUCGACUCUGUCCAUUGCAUGCGGUUUCAACGGCGUGGCGAGUGAAGACGUAACGUGGAAGCGCGACGGAUCAGCAAUACCACUGACGAGCGACGAUAGGCUAAGCGUAACGAGUAGUCGAAGGGGCAGUAAAUUGACGGUAAGUAACGUGAAGGCGGCAGACGGCGGACAAUACGUGUGUCAAGGACGUCGAGACGGGCAAGAAGCGUCGUCUUCUGUAGAUAUCACAGUUGCUGCUCCCGAUGAACCGCUCAUAAAUCGGCGCGCCGACGUAAAAGAAAAGGAAGCACCGGGUGAUGUGUCCGUGAGUGUAGCCGAACCCGAGGUGUUUGUGCGAGCUGGAGAAAAGUUGUCUGUCAAAUGCAAUGCCACCGGAACUCCGACGCCAUCCAUUAGCUGGCAGAAGGACGGAUCGAAUGUGAUAUCCAACACACGAGCGAACAUCCGUUCGGACGGUACUCUACAGAUUAGUGAGUUGGAAAGAGACGACGUGGGAUCUUACGCUUGCACGGCAACGAGUGGCUCGAAUACGGAUUCUCAGCAAAUUCAAGUGUCUCUGUUAGAACGACCGUCAGUCGCAGAUCCUCCAUCCCGAACACCGGAAAGGCCUCUGCCAGACAGAGACGUGUCGUACGUUGCCGGUCAAACGUCGGAGGUCGUCGAAGGACGGACCGUUAGAGUGACGGUUCCUAUUCUUGGAGAACCGACUCCGCGCGUGACUUGGACUCUACCGUCUGGGCAGCGUCUGCAGCCCGGCGAAAGGUCCGAUCGCUUCACAGUUACAGACGACGGUUCGUUGCAAAUAGAAGAUAGUCAGACUGACGAUUCGGGAGACUAUCGAGUGACUGCGAGCAAUGCAGCAGGAGAGACGUCUGUUGUGACGCCUGUGUCAGUAUUCGCUCCGCCGUCCAUCACCAGAGAAGUCGAAGACAACGUGUCCGAAAGGGAUGCGACCGGACGAGAUACGCCCGUACUACCGUCUUCCGAUGGAACGAUCAAAAUAGAGAGAGGAAACAGUCUGGUCAUGGAAGGUGCGGCGAGCGGUCGGCCGCCUCCGAGUGUCAGGUUCUUGAAGGACGGCGAGACCAUUUCGGCCGGCGAUCGGUAUUCUCUCGAUCGAACUCCCGACGGCGGUCUCCGUCUCACUGUGGCCGACGUCGAACCCGACGACAGCGGAGAAUACACAUUCGUGGCUCAGAACGAAGGAGGCGUAACGAGCUCGUCUCAACAGAUCUCCGUAUCAGCGACUUCUGACGCUCCAGUUCUCAACAGAAGAAGAGGAGGGAGACCUCAGAUAUCAGGACGAGACAUCACAGCAACCGUGGGAGAAACGGCCAAAAUUGAAGCAAAGGAGAGAGGAGACGUGACGCUGCAGUGCAGUGCUCGCGGCGCAGAGCCUAUUACAUUCUCUUGGAUGAGGAACGAUCAGCCGGUGAGCAGCGGCGGCCGCACGACAAUCACUUCGGACUCUUCGAGCAGCUCUUUAGAAAUCGACGAAUUUGCCAGACGUUUCGAGGGCACGUACUCGUGUCGAGCCAGCAACAGCGACGGCGCAGACUCUGAAUCGAUCGACGUAGCUUUGGACUCUCCGGUGCGGCCGACGAUCGUUCAACCUGCAGAUAAAUCUGCACCAUCUCCCGUUCCUAGAGGAGACGUGACCUACUCGGCCGGUCAACAAGCCGUGGUGGUGCAAGGCAGAAACGUGAGGAUAGGCGUGUCUGCUUACGGUCGACCGACUCCGACCAUCAGUUGGAGAAUCCCCAACGGAAAGAGACUAGGACCGGGCCAGUCGAGCGGUCGAGUUCGUGUUCUCGACGACGAUACACUGGUGAUAGACAAUGCGCAAGUCGAAGACGAAGGAGCGUACAGACCUAUUGCAAGCAAUAUCGCUGGGUUGGCUAAAAUCAAGUCGAGACUCAGUGUCAUCGUGCCUCCGCGUUUGUCGGAGACCAUCGGAGACCACGUCGUCGUGGAUGGACAAGACGUGUCGGCUAAUAAGUACGGCACCGUGCGUGUAGAACCCGGUUCGUCGUUUUCGGUUAGCUGUUCUGCACGUGGGGUACCCAAACCCAAUUUGAGAUUCGUUAGAGGAGAUGACUUGAUCAGCAGUGGAGGACGGUAUUCGAUCGAGAGCAAUGGCGAGAGAUCGACGUUGACGGUCGAUAUGGUAGAGGACGACGACAGAGGAUCAUAUUCGUGCAUUGCCGAGAACAGUGGUGGUGCAACGUCGUCUACUGUUGAAAUAGAAACCAUUCGUUCGGGUAGUCCCGUCAUCCAGAGGAGACCGGAUGUCGAACCGGUCGUGACCGAGGAAGGCGUCAGUUCUGUGAUCGGCCGUCCUGACGUAUUGGCAUCACGCGGACAGACUCUCACGUUGGCGUGCUCAGCGGAGGGAUCUCCCGAUCCGACCAUCAGCUGGUACAGGAACAAGGGCCAAAUAGGCGACAACGAUCAUUUCGAAGUGACCGACGGUCGACUGACGAUCAAGAAAGUAGGCAGACGCGACGAGGGAGAUUUUGAAUGUCGAGCCGUCAAUACGGCAGGACAAGACAGGGAGACGGUGAAUGUUCGAUUGGCGGAGCGACCUGUGAUCGAGCGGCGGAGGCCGAUGAAGGAAGAAAGGCCGAUUUCCGAUGCCGACCGUCGUUUCUUUCCGGGACAGGCUGGCGAUAUUCUGCGGGGACGAGACGCGACGCUGAGUGGUCAAGUAUCGGGUCGGCCAAGACCGACGGUGACGUGGCGUCUACCGUCUGGGAGGCAACUGAGACGAGGCGAAUCGGAUGGCAGAGUGACGGUGCUAAACAAUGACGAUCUGAAGAUAGAGAAUGCCCAACCGGAAGACGCCGGGAACUACCGUAUCGUCGCUAGCAACAGUGCGGGUGUAGAUAAAGUAGACAUUCCUGUGACAGUAUCGGACCAGCCGCAGAUGACGACGAGGCUGACCGACACGGCAACAAUAGAUGGUGAAAAGGCGUUUCCGGAUAAGGACGGGAGACUUCGCGUAAAUCCCGGAAGUUCGGUGUCGAUGAGCUGCUCGGCGUCCGGUUCGCCGUCUCCCGAUCUGAGUUAUGCAAAGAACGGUGUAGCCGUGUCGGCUGCAGGUCGAGUGUCGGUCGAGACAACCGACGCGGGUGCUCUCGACUUGACUAUCGAUGACAUACGAGCUUCGGAUAUGGGUGACUAUGUCUGUACGGCAAACAACGAUGCAGGCGCAGACUCGUCGAGGAUAGUAGUGGCUGUAGCAGACGGACCGAGAAUCGACAGACGGCCAGACGAUCCGGUUGAGUAUUCGGACGCGGGAAUGUCGGUUGCAGUCGGUCGUUCCUCUGUUACGGCGCAACCCGGUCGCCAACUUCGGCUCUUGUGCACGGCAGACGGCGAUCCACAGCCAACAGUCGAAUGGUCGCGUAAUGGAAGAGUAAUCAGCGACGGCGCCGGUGUCGAACAGUCAGACGGCGUGCUAACGUUUGACAGCUUCUCUGCAGACGAUGCCGACGCUUAUAGUUGUGUGGCUCGAAACAGCGGUGGUGAGGACCGUGAUACCAUACACGUAAUGGCACCGGUGGCUCCUGUUAUUCGUCGCUCUCCAAUGUCUCCUACUGAGCGUCCGUUGAUCGCCAAAGACGCAGCGUACGACAUCGGUCAGGUGGCAGAAGUAGUGGAAGGUUACUCGACGACCAUCUCUUGUUCUGCGUCCGGUACGCCGAGUCCGUCUCUACAAUGGAGACUUCCGUCCGGUCGCAGGCUGAAACCCGGCCAAUCUUACGACAGAGUAUCGGUAUCUGACGACGGACGGUUGCUUGUAGCAAACACUCGCCUGGACGACAGCGGCAAAUACCGUUGUAUUGCGAGUAACCCCGCUGGAAGAGAUCGAGUGAAGACUGAGCUGAGAGUGAUCCCUACGCCUACAUCGACGAUUAGCGUCGACUCGCCCGAGUCGCCUUCCGACGACGAUAUUUUGGUCGCCGAUUCGAGUACAGAGGUGACGCUGAGCUGUGACGUCGGUUCCCUGUCGGACGCGGACGCGGUGUGGACGCGAGACGGAACAGAGUUCGAUCGUGGCAAGAGUCGGGUGACGGUGACCGGUGGUGCGUCCGGUCACGAGUAUUCGUGUAUUGUCGCAAACGAGGCCGGCAGUGCAGCGGACGCCGUCAACAUUCGGGUUGCAGAUACGGGUAAGCCUUUUAUUAAACGAACACCGAAAGAACCGCCGUCUUCGCCUCGAAGCGAUUCUGUCAAUACGUCUGUCGGCCCCCCUGAUGUACAAGUUCGUCCCGGUCAGCAACUGACCAUUGCGUGUGGAGCAGAGGGCAGACCCGAUCCAGAAAUAGCGUGGGACGUGGACGGUCAGUCGAUCGUCACCGGUGGAAGGUACAACGUUGGCAGCGAUGGCAGUCUAGUUAUAUCGUCGGUGCAACGCGAAGACGAGGGCAGCUACACGUGCACGGCUACCAACACGAACGGUGACGACCGUGCAACCAUCGAUGUCGUAGUGCCGGAGUCUCCUGUUAUCGACGAAAGACGCACAGCAGAUCGGGAAGAUCCUCCUUCGGAUGGUCACUUGUCGUUCGAUCCAGGCGAAACCCCACGAGUUGUCAGUGGCAACGACGUCACAUUGAAGUGUCCCGUCUCGAGUCAUCCCAAAGCCAACGUUGUGUGGCGUUUCGUAGACGGCACAGAACUGGGCAUAGGAGAAACGAGCGGCAGAGCGACGGUGUCAGACGACGGCAGUCUAACCAUUAGCGACGCCCAACCGAGCGAUAGCGCGCUGUAUGAUUGCGUUGUGGCAAGCGUCGGAGGGACGGACCAAACAGACUUCGAUCUAGAUGUAGUCGCUCCCCCAGAAGUAAUCGAGCGUGCCGGCGACAACGUUACGAUAGACAACACGUUGGUGAGUCCUUCGGACGAAGACACCGUCAUCAGUCGGAGCGGUUCUGACGUCAGUAUGUCGUGCACUGCCGUCGGUUCGCCAUUGCCAACUAUCAGCUGGACACACGAGGGAACGGUCGUCAGUAGCAGCGAAUCGGUGUCCAUUGUCAGCAGUCAGACUGGCUCAGAGGCGACGAGUCGCUUGACUCUAUCCGGAGUGGACGUUUCGGACGCCGGAAGUUACAGCUGCGUUAGCAGCAACCCCGUGGGAUCGGAUUCGUCGUCUGUCGACAUCGAAGUUGCUCCUACCAACUCACCGGUGAUUGACCGACGGCCAGAUGAAGAGCCCAGUGUUAGCGCUCAAUCGGUCACUACGACUAUCGGUCGAUCCGACGUGUACGUCGGCGACGGACAAAACUUGCGCGUCAAAUGUACCGCCACUGGAAACCCGACGCCGACAGUGACUUGGGAGAAAGGAGGGAACGAAAUUGGGUCGACUGGAAGGGUGAGGGUUGAAGCCGAGGGCACUCUGAACGUCGACGAUUUCGAAGGCCGGGACGUCGGCGCGUACACUUGCGCGGCUACCAAUUCGCAGGGCACCGACAGACAAUCCAUAAGUGUUUCUAGAGCCGUUGAACCGGUAAUCCGUCGUCUUCCCGCACAACCGGACAGUCGGACCGUAGAAGACCAAGAUCAAACGUAUCGUGUCGGUCCAACGUGCGAGAAUGCCCGUGCGGUCGUCGGACGAACGGUUACGUUCCAGUGUCCGGUGUCGUCGAGUCCUCCAGCCGACGUCCGAUGGACGUUGCCUUCCGGUAGGGUGUUGAGACGCGAGGAGACGUCGAGAAGAAGUUCUGUAACAGACGACGGCAGUCUGCGUAUCAGAAACGUACAAGGUAUCGACGACGGUAUGUACUGGUGUCGUGCUUCGAACGUGGUGGGCGAAGAGUCAGAUUCGUGUAACUUGGUGGUGAUCGAACCUCCUCGUCCUGUCAACGAGACUGUGGUGAUGGUAAACGGAAUGCGAACGUACCCGUCGACAGACGGAGUAGUGAAAGUACAACGGGACUCGCCGUUUUCCAUAGCUUGCUCGUCCGCGGCUCGACCGAAGGCGGAAGCUUACUUUUUGAAAGACGGCGAAAUACAGCAGUCUGGUGGCAGAUACGACGUGACUGUGGCGGAUGACGGAUCUCAGAUUGAACUUGUGAGGAGGCGAGCUCGGACGCCCGACGUCGGUACCUAUUCGUGUGUAUUCGAGAAUCCGGGCGGAAGUACGUCCAGCCCUGUAGCUCUAGAUGUAGUAGAUGGAACGCCGACAAUCAUUCGACGACCGGACGUAGAACAAGAGGUCGACGGUAACAGGGUUACUGCUCAAAUCGGUAAUCCCGAUGUCAUCGGUGGCGAGGGGCAGACUGUACGUGUCGUGUGCGAUGCCGCGGGCUCGGGCGUAAACAUCGCGUGGUAUGGCCCGGACGGAAUGUCUGCUGGGUCUGGAAGCCCGCUUGUGAUACGAGAGUUUGAUGGUGACAAGGCCGGCAUGUACACGUGCGAGGCGACCAACAGAGGAGGAAAAGACACAGAAGCGAUAACCGCCGUUCUAGGAGAGAGUCCGAAGAUUAGCAGUCCCGAUCCCGUUGUGCCCGAAAGACCACUCCCAGACGAAGAUCGUGAAUAUCCCGUCGGGCAGAUCUCUGACGUCCGUCGUGAAAGGACAUUGACGUUGACGUGCUCAUCCGUUGGGAUACCACCCGGAGACAUCUCGUGGACUCUUCCUUCGGGCACGAGUCUUCGUAUAGGAGAGUCAGAAGGGCAAGUCAGCGUUAACGACAACGGUGACUUGACGAUCCGUGAUUCUCGGGACGAAGACGUCGGACAAUACACUUGUACGGCAAUAAACAGUUUGGGCGCUGUGGGUAGAUCGAGCAAAGUCAACGUAUACGUUCCUCCAACGACCGACUUGGACACCGCUCAAGUGGACGGUCAACCGGUGUUUCCGUCACCCUCGACGGGAUCCGUAGACGUGCCUCCCGGUUCGCGGUUAUCACUAGAGUGUGAAACGUUUGGCGUGCCGAACCCGACAACAACGUGGUUACGAAAUGAAAUGCCCAUCACGCCCGGUGGUCGAUUCUCCAUCGGAGGAAGGAGCAAUUUAGAUGGUGUCUCCGUCAGCAUGCUGGAAGUGACGAACAUGGGUAAAAAUGACACGGGCGUUUACACUUGCCUUGCAUCUUCAGAAGCAGGCACGAGUAGCAAGGGAACGCUCAUUACGGUUGUCGGUCGAGGCUCACCGAUUAUUGUCAGACGCCCAGAGGAGAAUCCCGUCGUCACUGAUGACUCCGUACAGGCUGUCAUCGGGAGACGACGAGUUGUGGUCGGAUCGGGGAAGACCUUGAACGUAGACUGCACCGCAAAUGGUUCUCCGGAUCCGACCAUAUCUUGGUAUAAAGAUGAUGCUUUCGUGGGUGACAGCGGUAGAGUCCGUGCAUUGGCUAACGGCACGUUGGUGGUGUCGAGGUUUAGUGCGUCUGAUCGAGGUACUUACAAAUGCGAGGCGAAAAAUAGCGCUGGAAGAGACUCCGAAAUCGCGAUUGUGGACGAAGCUUCACCGCCUCGUCUCGUUGCUCCUCCCCCUGGAGACGAAGAGCAAGAAAUCGUCGACGGUGAUUUGGUGUAUACGGUCGGCAGCAUGGCUAUCGGAAUGGCCGGUAGACGCGUAACGCUACAGUGUCAAGAUCGAACAGGGAGACCACCUUCGAACAUCAGCUGGACGUUGCCGUCUGGACAAACUCUGGAACCGGGACAGUCCGUUACGGAUCCGUCUGCAGUCAGCGUGGACAGAGACCGUUCCAGCUUGACUAUUACGUCUGCUUCCAGUGCCAGCGACGGUAGUUACACGUGUCGAGCCAAGAACGUUGCAGGCACAGACGAUGCUGCGUCGACAGUCUCUAUCUAUUCUCGCCCUGUCGUGACCGUGAAGCCAGCGGAUACCGUCGAGAUCAACGACAAUCCAGUUCCGACCGGUCCGAUCGAAGCGAAAGCUGGAGACAAGGUUUCAUUCCAGUGUGAGGCAAGCGCUACACCGCAGCCGACGAUUGCCUGGUACAAGAACGGUGCUCGAGUCGUAGAGAGCAGUCGCGUCGUGGUCAGUGACAACGGAAAUCGUCUCACUGUCAACAAAUUCGAAGACGGCGACGCUGGCGUCUAUAGUUGCUCGGCUGGUAACGCUGCAGGACAGACCAUUUCGGCUGUAGGCGUUCAAGCUCGCGUUCCAUCGACAGUUGCAACGACAUUUCCAUCGACAGCUGAACCGACCGUUCCAUCGACAGUUGCAACGACAUUUCCAUCGACAGCUGAACCGACCGUUUCAUCGACAGUUCCACCAACAGCUGUAGAAAUCAUACGGAGGGUGGAUCCUCCUGUCGUGUCUGACAGGACAAUCUCUGCUUCAGUUGGCUACGCAGAGCCCGUCGAACCUGUACUACGCUGGAACGUCCGUAUUGACUGUGCGGCCAAGAACGCCGAUACGAUUCGUUGGAUCGGUCCGGACGGUGUUCUGACAUCAAAAGGAAGACGAAGAGUACUCUCUAACGGCACUUUGGUCAUCGAUGGGAUUCCUCGUGGUUAUGCUGGUGUCUACCGCUGUGUUGCUAACGACGCGCAGGGAGGGCAGGACGAGGAGGCGAUAACGCUGAGGAUCCUGAAACCGCCCACGUUAGAAGAGGUUAAACCAGUCGUAGCGGUCAGACCCAUUCCAGACGACGACCGGGUGUUUACUGCAGGACAGAGAGCUGAAGUCGUCGAGGGUCGAUCUGUAGUUGUCAACUUCACUGUGACCGAUCGAGAACCCGACGAGUAUUCAGUGAAAUGGAAGCUGCCAGACGGCUCGUUCCUUAGGCCCGGAGACAAAAAGGACAACGUCGAGGUGUCCGCCGACACCCGUUUUCUCACCGUUUCCAAUACUCAACCAUCAGAUAUCGGAGACUAUAAAGUGGUGGUCACUAACGAGGCCGGUUCGAACGAAGCUUCUGCAAGACUGCAGGUUUUCACACCGCCGACAGUGGAGUCGGACAUCGAGGAUGGCGUGCAAGUGAACAACGCGCCCGUAACUUCAGACGAAGGUGUCUUCCGAGCAGACGAGGGAGACAGCAUGUCGUUUCAGUUUACAACAAAAGGAAGUCCUGCACCGAAUGUUGUCUGGAAGAAAGGAACCGAUGUCAUAGAGCCCAGUGACGACGUUUUUAUUGAAACAACCAAAGGUCGAGAUGAAACCACAAGCAGCCUUAUACUGCGGAAUGUAAAAUCGACCGACUCGGGUACUUACAGCGCAGAGGGUGACAACGGAGAGGGUACCGUGGCUCGUUCUUCGGUUGACGUCAGUGUGAGAUCUCAAGAAGCGGUCAAGAUCAUCAGAGCACCAGCAAACACUCGGCCUACUGUGACUUCGGCGUCUGUAAGCGCUACCAUCGGACAGGACGACGUGCUCGUUCUUCCAAACCAGAGACUGGAAAUCGAUUGUGCAGCGGCCGGUAGUCCUACGCCCACGGUUACGUGGACAAAAGACUCAAGUUCCCUACCCAGGGGAGCGCAAGCGAGUUCUACUGGGCAACUACAGAUUGCCGACUUUGUGCCUAAUCGUCACCAAGGGACAUACACCUGCUCAGCAGACAACACGGUCACUUCAGAUAGACAAGACAUCGACGUCGCUGCUCCUGUGAGACCUCGUAUCGUGGCAAGAACUGAACCAACUCCUCAACCUGGUCGACUUCCUGACGCAGAUGUGACGAGCUACGCUGGUCAUACUAUCAAGAUGGUAGAAGGACGUCGACUUACCAUCGACGUCGAAGCUACGGGAACGCCGACGCCCACCAUCAGAUGGCGACUUCCGUCAGGAGAUAGAAUCGGACGCGGGCAGUCAGUAGGACGCGCUUCCGUUCUAGCCAACGACAGCCUCGUGAUCACCGACACUCAACCGUCCGAUAGCGGAUCUUACAGACCCAUAGCAUCCAAUGCUGCUGGACUGGCGAAGGUGAAGGGUAAAGUGACCGUAGUAGGAUUUCCUAAAGUAGUGAGCGAAGUCAGUGAUAACACUCGUCUGGGUACCGACCUCCUUUCUCCCACAACUGGUGGCGACUUUCUGGUGCCGUCAGGAGGCACGCUAGUUAUGGAGGGAUCGAUUAGUGGUGUCGAGUCUGUUCAAUGGAGAAAAGACGGCCGUCCCUUGGCAGAAGAUAACAGAAUUACCCAACAGGUGACUCAGAGCGGUGGCAGUCGAUUGAUCGUCGGCAACGUACGACAGUCCGAUUCCGGCACGUAUUCGCUGUAUGGAGAAAACGAUGCCGGAAUAGCAGAAACGUCUGCUGAUAUUGUUGUGCAAGGUGCUAGUGCUCCCAUUAUCCAGCGUAUGCCAUCCACACCGUCCACAGUUACCGACGAUAGUAUCGAAGUGACGGUCGGUCGACGAGAGGUGAUGGUUCCGCGAGGAAUGACGUUAGGAAUUCGAGGAUGGGCGACCGGCGACCCAUCGCCAUCUUACGGAUGGUUGAAAGACGGGUCGCCCGUGAGUGAUGGAGGCAAAUUCGGUAUCGAUCCUAGUGGAAUGUUACAGGUCAGAAACGUUGGUCCCGGUGAAGCCGGUCGUUACACGUUGGUGGCAACGAACUCGGCCGGAGAAGACCGCGAAUCCAUCGACGUCGUUCUUCCGGUGCGGCCCGCCAUAGAGCCCGCCGCGACGGUGAGUCCCGUCCGACCCUUGCCCGACACCGACAGAUCGUACGUCGUCACUCAGGACGCCGAGGUAAUGGAAGGUCGCAGCGUAAGUAUAUCGGCAACGGCGACGGGUCGCCCGGCACCCGGAAUGACAUGGAGACUACCGUCAGGAAGAAGGAUUGCUUCCGGAAGGUCGUACGACCGAUUUCGAGUAACCGACGACGGCACAUUAGUAAUCGACGACACCCGACGACAAGACGAGGGAAUUUACAGAGCGAUUGCAAAGAACAUUGCCGGUCUGGCAAAAGCCAAGUCGAGAUUGAGAGUCUUCGUACCGCCGUCAUUGGAUAGACCGUUGGAUCAGUCCGUUUCGGUCGGUGACAGACCCGUGCUACCGUCUCGAUCACAGCGUACCGUAUCCGCGGUGUUCGGAGAGCCAUUCUCGAUUACCGCAUCGGUUCGAGGAGUUCCUCAGCCAGAGAUAUCUUGGUCUCACAACGGCGAGGUCAUCUCUCCCACCGAUAGGGUUUCGACGACGACGACGACCGUCGGAGACAGAACCGUCAGUACGCUCACCGUCAGCACAGCGGAAAGCGACGAUGCCGGAAUGUAUGCAGUGCAGGUUAAUGGAGAUUCGGGAUCGACUUCGGACUCCGUCGACGUGUCGGUGCAGGCGAGUGGUGCACCCGUGAUCAAUCGAGUUCCAGACAGGGAAGACGUCGUAUCGGAUUCGACGAUCGGCAGUGUCAUCGGCAGACCGAACUUACGCGUUCUGCCCGGCGAGACGGCGGAGGUGGCGUGCACGGCUAAGGGUAGUCCCAAUCCAACGAUAUCGUGGAAUCGCAAUGGAGAAUCGAUCGGUGAGAGCGGUCGAGCUCGUGUACUUGCUAACGGCGUGUUGCAAGUGACCGACUUACAAGAAGCCGAGACGUAUACGUGCGUGGCAAGCAACGAUUACGGAGACGACCGAGAAACGAUGACGCUCGAGCCGGCAGAGGCUCCUCGAUUCGAUCGUCUCUAUCCAGCAGGAGUGUCAUUGAACGUUGGCAAAGGCAACGACCUCGACGUUGACGUUUCGUAUAGUGGCAAUCCACGUCCCGAUGUCAUUUGGAGCUUGCCCAGCGGGAGAAGGCUGCGUGUUGGCGAAACGUACGGAAGAUUCAGCGUGUCAGACGGCGGCUCGCUUCGUAUAAACGAUUCCGAAGCGGCCGAUUCUGGAUCGUACCGAGCCAUCGCCGUUAAUCGUGCAGGUCAAGACGAGACGGAUACACUCGUUCGUGUAGUGGAACCGGUCGACGUCGUAUCGCCGGCUGACGAGAACGUUUUCGUCGACCAAAUUCGCCAAUUACCGACAUCGGAGGGUCCGUACUCAGUGCGCGAAGACUCGACUCUGUCCAUUGCAUGCGGUUUCAACGGCGUGGCGAGUGAAGACGUAACGUGGAAGCGCGACGGAUCAGCAAUACCACUGACGAGCGACGAUAGGCUAAGCGUAACGAGUAGUCGAAGCGGCAGUAAAUUGACGGUAAGUAACGUGAAGGCGGCAGACGGCGGACAAUACGUGUGUCAAGGACGUCGAGACGGGCAAGAAGCGUCGUCUUCUGUAGAUAUCACAGUUGCUGCUCCCGAUGAACCGCUCAUAAAUCGGCGCGCCGACGUAAAAGAAAAGGAAGCACCGGGUGAUGUGUCCGUGAGUGUAGCCGAACCCGAGGUGUUUGUGCGAGCUGGAGAAAAGUUGUCUGUCAAAUGCAAUGCCACCGGAACUCCGACGCCAUCCAUUAGCUGGCAGAAGGACGGAUCGAAUGUGAUAUCCAACACACGAGCGAACAUCCGUUCGGACGGUACUCUACAGAUUAGUGAGUUGGAAAGAGACGACGUGGGAUCUUACGCUUGCACGGCAACGAGUGGCUCGAAUACGGAUUCUCAGCAAAUUCAAGUGUCUCUGUUAGAACGACCGUCAGUCGCAGAUCCUCCAUCCCGAACACCGGAAAGGCCUCUGCCAGACAGAGACGUGUCGUACGUUGCCGGUCAAACGUCGGAGGUCGUCGAAGGACGGACCGUUAGAGUGACGGUUCCUAUUCUUGGAGAACCGACUCCGCGCGUGACUUGGACUCUACCGUCUGGGCAGCGUCUGCAGCCCGGCGAAAGGUCCGAUCGCUUCACAGUUACAGACGACGGUUCGUUGCAAAUAGAAGAUAGUCAGACUGACGAUUCGGGAGACUAUCGAGUGACUGCGAGCAAUGCAGCAGGAGAGACGUCUGUUGUGACGCCUGUGUCAGUAUUCGCUCCGCCGUCCAUCACCAGAGAAGUCGAAGACAACGUGUCCGAAAGGGAUGCGACCGGACGAGAUACGCCCGUACUACCGUCUUCCGAUGGAACGAUCAAAAUAGAGAGAGGAAACAGUCUGGUCAUGGAAGGUGCGGCGAGCGGUCGGCCGCCUCCGAGUGUCAGGUUCUUGAAGGACGGCGAGACCAUUUCGGCCGGCGAUCGGUAUUCUCUCGAUCGAACUCCCGACGGCGGUCUCCGUCUCACUGUGGCCGACGUCGAACCCGACGACAGCGGAGAAUACACAUUCGUGGCUCAGAACGAAGGAGGCGUAACGAGCUCGUCUCAACAGAUCUCCGUAUCAGCGACUUCUGACGCUCCAGUUCUCAACAGAAGAAGAGGAGGGAGACCUCAGAUAUCAGGACGAGACAUCACAGCAACCGUGGGAGAAACGGCCAAAAUUGAAGCAAAGGAGAGAGGAGACGUGACGCUGCAGUGCAGUGCUCGCGGCGCAGAGCCUAUUACAUUCUCUUGGAUGAGGAACGAUCAGCCGGUGAGCAGCGGCGGCCGCACGACAAUCACUUCGGACUCUUCGAGCAGCUCUUUAGAAAUCGACGAAUUUGCCAGACGUUUCGAGGGCACGUACUCGUGUCGAGCCAGCAACAGCGACGGCGCAGACUCUGAAUCGAUCGACGUAGCUUUGGACUCUCCGGUGCGGCCGACGAUCGUUCAACCUGCAGAUAAAUCUGCACCAUCUCCCGUUCCUAGAGGAGACGUGACCUACUCGGCCGGUCAACAAGCCGUGGUGGUGCAAGGCAGAAACGUGAGGAUAGGCGUGUCUGCUUACGGUCGACCGACUCCGACCAUCAGUUGGAGAAUCCCCAACGGAAAGAGACUAGGACCGGGCCAGUCGAGCGGUCGAGUUCGUGUUCUCGACGACGAUACACUGGUGAUAGACAAUGCGCAAGUCGAAGACGAAGGAGCGUACAGACCUAUUGCAAGCAAUAUCGCUGGGUUGGCUAAAAUCAAGUCGAGACUCAGUGUCAUCGUGCCUCCGCGUUUGUCGGAGACCAUCGGAGACCACGUCGUCGUGGAUGGACAAGACGUGUCGGCUAAUAAGUACGGCACCGUGCGUGUAGAACCCGGUUCGUCGUUUUCGGUUAGCUGUUCUGCACGUGGGGUACCCAAACCCAAUUUGAGAUUCGUUAGAGGAGAUGACUUGAUCAGCAGUGGAGGACGGUAUUCGAUCGAGAGCAAUGGCGAGAGAUCGACGUUGACGGUCGAUAUGGUAGAGGACGACGACAGAGGAUCAUAUUCGUGCAUUGCCGAGAACAGUGGUGGUGCAACGUCGUCUACUGUUGAAAUAGAAACCAUUCGUUCGGGUAGUCCCGUCAUCCAGAGGAGACCGGAUGUCGAACCGGUCGUGACCGAGGAAGGCGUCAGUUCUGUGAUCGGCCGUCCUGACGUAUUGGCAUCACGCGGACAGACUCUCACGUUGGCGUGCUCAGCGGAGGGAUCUCCCGAUCCGACCAUCAGCUGGUACAGGAACAAGGGCCAAAUAGGCGACAACGAUCAUUUCGAAGUGACCGACGGUCGACUGACGAUCAAGAAAGUAGGCAGACGCGACGAGGGAGAUUUUGAAUGUCGAGCCGUCAAUACGGCAGGACAAGACAGGGAGACGGUGAAUGUUCGAUUGGCGGAGCGACCUGUGAUCGAGCGGCGGAGGCCGAUGAAGGAAGAAAGGCCGAUUUCCGAUGCCGACCGUCGUUUCUUUCCGGGACAGGCUGGCGAUAUUCUGCGGGGACGAGACGCGACGCUGAGUGGUCAAGUAUCGGGUCGGCCAAGACCGACGGUGACGUGGCGUCUACCGUCUGGGAGGCAACUGAGACGAGGCGAAUCGGAUGGCAGAGUGACGGUGCUAAACAAUGACGAUCUGAAGAUAGAGAAUGCCCAACCGGAAGACGCCGGGAACUACCGUAUCGUCGCUAGCAACAGUGCGGGUGUAGAUAAAGUAGACAUUCCUGUGACAGUAUCGGACCAGCCGCAGAUGACGACGAGGCUGACCGACACGGCAACAAUAGAUGGUGAAAAGGCGUUUCCGGAUAAGGACGGGAGACUUCGCGUAAAUCCCGGAAGUUCGGUGUCGAUGAGCUGCUCGGCGUCCGGUUCGCCGUCUCCCGAUCUGAGUUAUGCAAAGAACGGUGUAGCCGUGUCGGCUGCAGGUCGAGUGUCGGUCGAGACAACCGACGCGGGUGCUCUCGACUUGACUAUCGAUGACAUACGAGCUUCGGAUAUGGGUGACUAUGUCUGUACGGCAAACAACGAUGCAGGCGCAGACUCGUCGAGGAUAGUAGUGGCUGUAGCAGACGGACCGAGAAUCGACAGACGGCCAGACGAUCCGGUUGAGUAUUCGGACGCGGGAAUGUCGGUUGCAGUCGGUCGUUCCUCUGUUACGGCGCAACCCGGUCGCCAACUUCGGCUCUUGUGCACGGCAGACGGCGAUCCACAGCCAACAGUCGAAUGGUCGCGUAAUGGAAGAGUAAUCAGCGACGGCGCCGGUGUCGAACAGUCAGACGGCGUGCUAACGUUUGACAGCUUCUCUGCAGACGAUGCCGACGCUUAUAGUUGUGUGGCUCGAAACAGCGGUGGUGAGGACCGUGAUACCAUACACGUAAUGGCACCGGUGGCUCCUGUUAUUCGUCGCUCUCCAAUGUCUCCUACUGAGCGUCCGUUGAUCGCCAAAGACGCAGCGUACGACAUCGGUCAGGUGGCAGAAGUAGUGGAAGGUUACUCGACGACCAUCUCUUGUUCUGCGUCCGGUACGCCGAGUCCGUCUCUACAAUGGAGACUUCCGUCCGGUCGCAGGCUGAAACCCGGCCAAUCUUACGACAGAGUAUCGGUAUCUGACGACGGACGGUUGCUUGUAGCAAACACUCGCCUGGACGACAGCGGCAAAUACCGUUGUAUUGCGAGUAACCCCGCUGGAAGAGAUCGAGUGAAGACUGAGCUGAGAGUGAUCCCUACGCCUACAUCGACGAUUAGCGUCGACUCGCCCGAGUCGCCUUCCGACGACGAUAUUUUGGUCGCCGAUUCGAGUACAGAGGUGACGCUGAGCUGUGACGUCGGUUCCCUGUCGGACGCGGACGCGGUGUGGACGCGAGACGGAACAGAGUUCGAUCGUGGCAAGAGUCGGGUGACGGUGACCGGUGGUGCGUCCGGUCACGAGUAUUCGUGUAUUGUCGCAAACGAGGCCGGCAGUGCAGCGGACGCCGUCAACAUUCGGGUUGCAGAUACGGGUAAGCCUUUUAUUAAACGAACACCGAAAGAACCGCCGUCUUCGCCUCGAAGCGAUUCUGUCAAUACGUCUGUCGGCCCCCCUGAUGUACAAGUUCGUCCCGGUCAGCAACUGACCAUUGCGUGUGGAGCAGAGGGCAGACCCGAUCCAGAAAUAGCGUGGGACGUGGACGGUCAGUCGAUCGUCACCGGUGGAAGGUACAACGUUGGCAGCGAUGGCAGUCUAGUUAUAUCGUCGGUGCAACGCGAAGACGAGGGCAGCUACACGUGCACGGCUACCAACACGAACGGUGACGACCGUGCAACCAUCGAUGUCGUAGUGCCGGAGUCUCCUGUUAUCGACGAAAGACGCACAGCAGAUCGGGAAGAUCCUCCUUCGGAUGGUCACUUGUCGUUCGAUCCAGGCGAAACCCCACGAGUUGUCAGUGGCAACGACGUCACAUUGAAGUGUCCCGUCUCGAGUCAUCCCAAAGCCAACGUUGUGUGGCGUUUCGUAGACGGCACAGAACUGGGCAUAGGAGAAACGAGCGGCAGAGCGACGGUGUCAGACGACGGCAGUCUAACCAUUAGCGACGCCCAACCGAGCGAUAGCGCGCUGUAUGAUUGCGUUGUGGCAAGCGUCGGAGGGACGGACCAAACAGACUUCGAUCUAGAUGUAGUCGCUCCCCCAGAAGUAAUCGAGCGUGCCGGCGACAACGUUACGAUAGACAACACGUUGGUGAGUCCUUCGGACGAAGACACCGUCAUCAGUCGGAGCGGUUCUGACGUCAGUAUGUCGUGCACUGCCGUCGGUUCGCCAUUGCCAACUAUCAGCUGGACACACGAGGGAACGGUCGUCAGUAGCAGCGAAUCGGUGUCCAUUGUCAGCAGUCAGACUGGCUCAGAGGCGACGAGUCGCUUGACUCUAUCCGGAGUGGACGUUUCGGACGCCGGAAGUUACAGCUGCGUUAGCAGCAACCCCGUGGGAUCGGAUUCGUCGUCUGUCGACAUCGAAGUUGCUCCUACCAACUCACCGGUGAUUGACCGACGGCCAGAUGAAGAGCCCAGUGUUAGCGCUCAAUCGGUCACUACGACUAUCGGUCGAUCCGACGUGUACGUCGGCGACGGACAAAACUUGCGCGUCAAAUGUACCGCCACUGGAAACCCGACGCCGACAGUGACUUGGGAGAAAGGAGGGAACGAAAUUGGGUCGACUGGAAGGGUGAGGGUUGAAGCCGAGGGCACUCUGAACGUCGACGAUUUCGAAGGCCGGGACGUCGGCGCGUACACUUGCGCGGCUACCAAUUCGCAGGGCAUCGACAGACAAUCCAUAAGUGUUUCUAGAGCCGUUGAACCGGUAAUCCGUCGUCUUCCCGCACAACCGGACAGUCGGACCGUAGAAGACCAAGAUCAAACGUAUCGUGUCGGUCCAACGUGCGAGAAUGCCCGUGCGGUCGUCGGACGAACGGUUACGUUCCAGUGUCCGGUGUCGUCGAGUCCUCCAGCCGACGUCCGAUGGACGUUGCCUUCCGGUAGGGUGUUGAGACGCGAGGAGACGUCGGGAAGAAGUUCUGUAACAGACGACGGCAGUCUGCGUAUCAGAAACGUACAAGGUAUCGACGACGGUAUGUACUGGUGUCGUGCUUCGAACGUGGUGGGCGAAGAGUCAGAUUCGUGUAACUUGGUGGUGAUCGAACCUCCUCGUCCUGUCAACGAGACUGUGGUGAUGGUAAACGGAAUGCGAACGUACCCGUCGACAGACGGAGUAGUGAAAGUACAACGGGACUCGCCGUUUUCCAUAGCUUGCUCGUCCGCGGCUCGACCGAAGGCGGAAGCUUACUUUUUGAAAGACGGCGAAAUACAGCAGUCUGGUGGCAGAUACGACGUGACUGUGGCGGAUGACGGAUCUCAGAUUGAACUUGUGAGGAGGCGAGCUCGGACGCCCGACGUCGGUACCUAUUCGUGUGUAUUCGAGAAUCCGGGCGGAAGUACGUCCAGCCCUGUAGCUCUAGAUGUAGUAGAUGGAACGCCGACAAUCAUUCGACGACCGGACGUAGAACAAGAGGUCGACGGUAACAGGGUUACUGCUCAAAUCGGUAAUCCCGAUGUCAUCGGUGGCGAGGGGCAGACUGUACGUGUCGUGUGCGAUGCCGCGGGCUCGGGCGUAAACAUCGCGUGGUAUGGCCCGGACGGAAUGUCUGCUGGGUCUGGAAGCCCGCUUGUGAUACGAGAGUUUGAUGGUGACAAGGCCGGCAUGUACACGUGCGAGGCGACCAACAGAGGAGGAAAAGACACAGAAGCGAUAACCGCCGUUCUAGGAGAGAGUCCGAAGAUUAGCAGUCCCGAUCCCGUUGUGCCCGAAAGACCACUCCCAGACGAAGAUCGUGAAUAUCCCGUCGGGCAGAUCUCUGACGUCCGUCGUGAAAGGACAUUGACGUUGACGUGCUCAUCCGUUGGGAUACCACCCGGAGACAUCUCGUGGACUCUUCCUUCGGGCACGAGUCUUCGUAUAGGAGAGUCAGAAGGGCAAGUCAGCGUUAACGACAACGGUGACUUGACGAUCCGUGAUUCUCGGGACGAAGACGUCGGACAAUACACUUGUACGGCAAUAAACAGUUUGGGCGCUGUGGGUAGAUCGAGCAAAGUCAACGUAUACGUUCCUCCAACGACCGACUUGGACACCGCUCAAGUGGACGGUCAACCGGUGUUUCCGUCACCCUCGACGGGAUCCGUAGACGUGCCUCCCGGUUCGCGGUUAUCACUAGAGUGUGAAACGUUUGGCGUGCCGAACCCGACAACAACGUGGUUACGAAAUGAAAUGCCCAUCACGCCCGGUGGUCGAUUCUCCAUCGGAGGAAGGAGCAAUUUAGAUGGUGUCUCCGUCAGCAUGCUGGAAGUGACGAACAUGGGUAAAAAUGACACGGGCGUUUACACUUGCCUUGCAUCUUCAGAAGCAGGCACGAGUAGCAAGGGAACGCUCAUUACGGUUGUCGGUCGAGGCUCACCGAUUAUUGUCAGACGCCCAGAGGAGAAUCCCGUCGUCACUGAUGACUCCGUACAGGCUGUCAUCGGGAGACGACGAGUUGUGGUCGGAUCGGGGAAGACCUUGAACGUAGACUGCACCGCAAAUGGUUCUCCGGAUCCGACCAUAUCUUGGUAUAAAGAUGAUGCUUUCGUGGGUGACAGCGGUAGAGUCCGUGCAUUGGCUAACGGCACGUUGGUGGUGUCGAGGUUUAGUGCGUCUGAUCGAGGUACUUACAAAUGCGAGGCGAAAAAUAGCGCUGGAAGAGACUCCGAAAUCGCGAUUGUGGACGAAGCUUCACCGCCUCGUCUCGUUGCUCCUCCCCCUGGAGACGAAGAGCAAGAAAUCGUCGACGGUGAUUUGGUGUAUACGGUCGGCAGCAUGGCUAUCGGAAUGGCCGGUAGACGCGUAACGCUACAGUGUCAAGAUCGAACAGGGAGACCACCUUCGAACAUCAGCUGGACGUUGCCGUCUGGACAAACUCUGGAACCGGGACAGUCCGUUACGGAUCCGUCUGCAGUCAGCGUGGACAGAGACCGUUCCAGCUUGACUAUUACGUCUGCUUCCAGUGCCAGCGACGGUAGUUACACGUGUCGAGCCAAGAACGUUGCAGGCACAGACGAUGCUGCGUCGACAGUCUCUAUCUAUUCUCGCCCUGUCGUGACCGUGAAGCCAGCGGAUACCGUCGAGAUCAACGACAAUCCAGUUCCGACCGGUCCGAUCGAAGCGAAAGCUGGAGACAAGGUUUCAUUCCAGUGUGAGGCAAGCGCUACACCGCAGCCGACGAUUGCCUGGUACAAGAACGGUGCUCGAGUCGUAGAGAGCAGUCGCGUCGUGGUCAGUGACAACGGAAAUCGUCUCACUGUCAACAAAUUCGAAGACGGCGACGCUGGCGUCUAUAGUUGCUCGGCUGGUAACGCUGCAGGACAGACCAUUUCGGCUGUAGGCGUUCAAGCUCGCGUUCCAUCGACAGUUGCAACGACAUUUCCAUCGACAGCUGAACCGACCGUUCCAUCGACAGUUGCAACGACAUUUCCAUCGACAGCUGAACCGACCGUUUCAUCGACAGUUCCACCAACAGCUGUAGAAAUCAUACGGAGGGUGGAUCCUCCUGUCGUGUCUGACAGGACAAUCUCUGCUUCAGUUGGCUACGCAGAGCCCGUCGAACCUGUACUACGCUGGAACGUCCGUAUUGACUGUGCGGCCAAGAACGCCGAUACGAUUCGUUGGAUCGGUCCGGACGGUGUUCUGACAUCAAAAGGAAGACGAAGAGUACUCUCUAACGGCACUUUGGUCAUCGAUGGGAUUCCUCGUGGUUAUGCUGGUGUCUACCGCUGUGUUGCUAACGACGCGCAGGGAGGGCAGGACGAGGAGGCGAUAACGCUGAGGAUCCUGAAACCGCCCACGUUAGAAGAGGUUAAACCAGUCGUAGCGGUCAGACCCAUUCCAGACGACGACCGGGUGUUUACUGCAGGACAGAGAGCUGAAGUCGUCGAGGGUCGAUCUGUAGUUGUCAACUUCACUGUGACCGAUCGAGAACCCGACGAGUAUUCAGUGAAAUGGAAGCUGCCAGACGGCUCGUUCCUUAGGCCCGGAGACAAAAAGGACAACGUCGAGGUGUCCGCCGACACCCGUUUUCUCACCGUUUCCAAUACUCAACCAUCAGAUAUCGGAGACUAUAAAGUGGUGGUCACUAACGAGGCCGGUUCGAACGAAGCUUCUGCAAGACUGCAGGUUUUCACACCGCCGACAGUGGAGUCGGACAUCGAGGAUGGCGUGCAAGUGAACAACGCGCCCGUAACUUCAGACGAAGGUGUCUUCCGAGCAGACGAGGGAGACAGCAUGUCGUUUCAGUUUACAACAAAAGGAAGUCCUGCACCGAAUGUUGUCUGGAAGAAAGGAACCGAUGUCAUAGAGCCCAGUGACGACGUUUUUAUUGAAACAACCAAAGGUCGAGAUGAAACCACAAGCAGCCUUAUACUGCGGAAUGUAAAAUCGACCGACUCGGGUACUUACAGCGCAGAGGGUGACAACGGAGAGGGUACCGUGGCUCGUUCUUCGGUUGACGUCAGUGUGAGAUCUCAAGAAGCGGUCAAGAUCAUCAGAGCACCAGCAAACACUCGGCCUACUGUGACUUCGGCGUCUGUAAGCGCUACCAUCGGACAGGACGACGUGCUCGUUCUUCCAAACCAGAGACUGGAAAUCGAUUGUGCAGCGGCCGGUAGUCCUACGCCCACGGUUACGUGGACAAAAGACUCAAGUUCCCUACCCAGGGGAGCGCAAGCGAGUUCUACUGGGCAACUACAGAUUGCCGACUUUGUGCCUAAUCGUCACCAAGGGACAUACACCUGCUCAGCAGACAACACGGUCACUUCAGAUAGACAAGACAUCGACGUCGCUGCUCCUGUGAGACCUCGUAUCGUGGCAAGAACUGAACCAACUCCUCAACCUGGUCGACUUCCUGACGCAGAUGUGACGAGCUACGCUGGUCAUACUAUCAAGAUGGUAGAAGGACGUCGACUUACCAUCGACGUCGAAGCUACGGGAACGCCGACGCCCACCAUCAGAUGGCGACUUCCGUCAGGAGAUAGAAUCGGACGCGGGCAGUCAGUAGGACGCGCUUCCGUUCUAGCCAACGACAGCCUCGUGAUCACCGACACUCAACCGUCCGAUAGCGGAUCUUACAGACCCAUAGCAUCCAAUGCUGCUGGACUGGCGAAGGUGAAGGGUAAAGUGACCGUAGUAGGAUUUCCUAAAGUAGUGAGCGAAGUCAGUGAUAACACUCGUCUGGGUACCGACCUCCUUUCUCCCACAACUGGUGGCGACUUUCUGGUGCCGUCAGGAGGCACGCUAGUUAUGGAGGGAUCGAUUAGUGGUGUCGAGUCUGUUCAAUGGAGAAAAGACGGCCGUCCCUUGGCAGAAGAUAACAGAAUUACCCAACAGGUGACUCAGAGCGGUGGCAGUCGAUUGAUCGUCGGCAACGUACGACAGUCCGAUUCCGGCACGUAUUCGCUGUAUGGAGAAAACGAUGCCGGAAUAGCAGAAACGUCUGCUGAUAUUGUUGUGCAAGGUGCUAGUGCUCCCAUUAUCCAGCGUAUGCCAUCCACACCGUCCACAGUUACCGACGAUAGUAUCGAAGUGACGGUCGGUCGACGAGAGGUGAUGGUUCCGCGAGGAAUGACGUUAGGAAUUCGAGGAUGGGCGACCGGCGACCCAUCGCCAUCUUACGGAUGGUUGAAAGACGGGUCGCCCGUGAGUGAUGGAGGCAAAUUCGGUAUCGAUCCUAGUGGAAUGUUACAGGUCAGAAACGUUGGUCCCGGUGAAGCCGGUCGUUACACGUUGGUGGCAACGAACUCGGCCGGAGAAGACCGCGAAUCCAUCGACGUCGUUCUUCCGGUGCGGCCCGCCAUAGAACCCGCCGCGACGGUGAGUCCCGUCCGACCCUUGCCCGACACCGACAGAUCGUACGUCGUCACUCAGGACGCCGAGGUAAUGGAAGGUCGCAGCGUAAGUAUAUCGGCAACGGCGACGGGUCGCCCGGCACCCGGAAUGACAUGGAGACUACCGUCAGGAAGAAGGAUUGCUUCCGGAAGGUCGUACGACCGAUUUCGAGUAACCGACGACGGCACAUUAGUAAUCGACGACACCCGACGACAAGACGAGGGAAUUUACAGAGCGAUUGCAAAGAACAUUGCCGGUCUGGCAAAAGCCAAGUCGAGAUUGAGAGUCUUCGUACCGCCGUCAUUGGAUAGACCGUUGGAUCAGUCCGUUUCGGUCGGUGACAGACCCGUGCUACCGUCUCGAUCACAGCGUACCGUAUCCGCGGUGUUCGGAGAGCCAUUCUCGAUUACCGCAUCGGUUCGAGGAGUUCCUCAGCCAGAGAUAUCUUGGUCUCACAACGGCGAGGUCAUCUCUCCCACCGAUAGGGUUUCGACGACGACGACGACCGUCGGAGACAGAACCGUCAGUACGCUCACCGUCAGCACAGCGGAAAGCGACGAUGCCGGAAUGUAUGCAGUGCAGGUUAAUGGAGAUUCGGGAUCGACUUCGGACUCCGUCGACGUGUCGGUGCAGGCGAGUGGUGCACCCGUGAUCAAUCGAGUUCCAGACAGGGAAGACGUCGUAUCGGAUUCGACGAUCGGCAGUGUCAUCGGCAGACCGAACUUACGCGUUCUGCCCGGCGAGACGGCGGAGGUGGCGUGCACGGCUAAGGGUAGUCCCAAUCCAACGAUAUCGUGGAAUCGCAAUGGAGAAUCGAUCGGUGAGAGCGGUCGAGCUCGUGUACUUGCUAACGGCGUGUUGCAAGUGACCGACUUACAAGAAGCCGAGACGUAUACGUGCGUGGCAAGCAACGAUUACGGAGACGACCGAGAAACGAUGACGCUCGAGCCGGCAGAGGCUCCUCGAUUCGAUCGUCUCUAUCCAGCAGGAGUGUCAUUGAACGUUGGCAAAGGCAACGACCUCGACGUUGACGUUUCGUAUAGUGGCAAUCCACGUCCCGAUGUCAUUUGGAGCUUGCCCAGCGGGAGAAGGCUGCGUGUUGGCGAAACGUACGGAAGAUUCAGCGUGUCAGACGGCGGCUCGCUUCGUAUAAACGAUUCCGAAGCGGCCGAUUCUGGAUCGUACCGAGCCAUCGCCGUUAAUCGUGCAGGUCAAGACGAGACGGAUACACUCGUUCGUGUAGUGGAACCGGUCGACGUCGUAUCGCCGGCUGACGAGAACGUUUUCGUCGACCAAAUUCGCCAAUUACCGACAUCGGAGGGUCCGUACUCAGUGCGCGAAGACUCGACUCUGUCCAUUGCAUGCGGUUUCAACGGCGUGGCGAGUGAAGACGUAACGUGGAAGCGCGACGGAUCAGCAAUACCACUGACGAGCGACGAUAGGCUAAGCGUAACGAGUAGUCGAAGCGGCAGUAAAUUGACGGUAAGUAACGUGAAGGCGGCAGACGGCGGACAAUACGUGUGUCAAGGACGUCGAGACGGGCAAGAAGCGUCGUCUUCUGUAGAUAUCACAGUUGCUGCUCCCGAUGAACCGCUCAUAAAUCGGCGCGCCGACGUAAAAGAAAAGGAAGCACCGGGUGAUGUGUCCGUGAGUGUAGCCGAACCCGAGGUGUUUGUGCGAGCUGGAGAAAAGUUGUCUGUCAAAUGCAAUGCCACCGGAACUCCGACGCCAUCCAUUAGCUGGCAGAAGGACGGAUCGAAUGUGAUAUCCAACACACGAGCGAACAUCCGUUCGGACGGUACUCUACAGAUUAGUGAGUUGGAAAGAGACGACGUGGGAUCUUACGCUUGCACGGCAACGAGUGGCUCGAAUACGGAUUCUCAGCAAAUUCAAGUGUCUCUGUUAGAACGACCGUCAGUCGCAGAUCCUCCAUCCCGAACACCGGAAAGGCCUCUGCCAGACAGAGACGUGUCGUACGUUGCCGGUCAAACGUCGGAGGUCGUCGAAGGACGGACCGUUAGAGUGACGGUUCCUAUUCUUGGAGAACCGACUCCGCGCGUGACUUGGACUCUACCGUCUGGGCAGCGUCUGCAGCCCGGCGAAAGGUCCGAUCGCUUCACAGUUACAGACGACGGUUCGUUGCAAAUAGAAGAUAGUCAGACUGACGAUUCGGGAGACUAUCGAGUGACUGCGAGCAAUGCAGCAGGAGAGACGUCUGUUGUGACGCCUGUGUCAGUAUUCGCUCCGCCGUCCAUCACCAGAGAAGUCGAAGACAACGUGUCCGAAAGGGAUGCGACCGGACGAGAUACGCCCGUACUACCGUCUUCCGAUGGAACGAUCAAAAUAGAGAGAGGAAACAGUCUGGUCAUGGAAGGUGCGGCGAGCGGUCGGCCGCCUCCGAGUGUCAGGUUCUUGAAGGACGGCGAGACCAUUUCGGCCGGCGAUCGGUAUUCUCUCGAUCGAACUCCCGACGGCGGUCUCCGUCUCACUGUGGCCGACGUCGAACCCGACGACAGCGGAGAAUACACAUUCGUGGCUCAGAACGAAGGAGGCGUAACGAGCUCGUCUCAACAGAUCUCCGUAUCAGCGACUUCUGACGCUCCAGUUCUCAACAGAAGAAGAGGAGGGAGACCUCAGAUAUCAGGACGAGACAUCACAGCAACCGUGGGAGAAACGGCCAAAAUUGAAGCAAAGGAGAGAGGAGACGUGACGCUGCAGUGCAGUGCUCGCGGCGCAGAGCCUAUUACAUUCUCUUGGAUGAGGAACGAUCAGCCGGUGAGCAGCGGCGGCCGCACGACAAUCACUUCGGACUCUUCGAGCAGCUCUUUAGAAAUCGACGAAUUUGCCAGACGUUUCGAGGGCACGUACUCGUGUCGAGCCAGCAACAGCGACGGCGCAGACUCUGAAUCGAUCGACGUAGCUUUGGACUCUCCGGUGCGGCCGACGAUCGUUCAACCUGCAGAUAAAUCUGCACCAUCUCCCGUUCCUAGAGGAGACGUGACCUACUCGGCCGGUCAACAAGCCGUGGUGGUGCAAGGCAGAAACGUGAGGAUAGGCGUGUCUGCUUACGGUCGACCGACUCCGACCAUCAGUUGGAGAAUCCCCAACGGAAAGAGACUAGGACCGGGCCAGUCGAGCGGUCGAGUUCGUGUUCUCGACGACGAUACACUGGUGAUAGACAAUGCGCAAGUCGAAGACGAAGGAGCGUACAGACCUAUUGCAAGCAAUAUCGCUGGGUUGGCUAAAAUCAAGUCGAGACUCAGUGUCAUCGUGCCUCCGCGUUUGUCGGAGACCAUCGGAGACCACGUCGUCGUGGAUGGACAAGACGUGUCGGCUAAUAAGUACGGCACCGUGCGUGUAGAACCCGGUUCGUCGUUUUCGGUUAGCUGUUCUGCACGUGGGGUACCCAAACCCAAUUUGAGAUUCGUUAGAGGAGAUGACUUGAUCAGCAGUGGAGGACGGUAUUCGAUCGAGAGCAAUGGCGAGAGAUCGACGUUGACGGUCGAUAUGGUAGAGGACGACGACAGAGGAUCAUAUUCGUGCAUUGCCGAGAACAGUGGUGGUGCAACGUCGUCUACUGUUGAAAUAGAAACCAUUCGUUCGGGUAGUCCCGUCAUCCAGAGGAGACCGGAUGUCGAACCGGUCGUGACCGAGGAAGGCGUCAGUUCUGUGAUCGGCCGUCCUGACGUAUUGGCAUCACGCGGACAGACUCUCACGUUGGCGUGCUCAGCGGAGGGAUCUCCCGAUCCGACCAUCAGCUGGUACAGGAACAAGGGCCAAAUAGGCGACAACGAUCAUUUCGAAGUGACCGACGGUCGACUGACGAUCAAGAAAGUAGGCAGACGCGACGAGGGAGAUUUUGAAUGUCGAGCCGUCAAUACGGCAGGACAAGACAGGGAGACGGUGAAUGUUCGAUUGGCGGAGCGACCUGUGAUCGAGCGGCGGAGGCCGAUGAAGGAAGAAAGGCCGAUUUCCGAUGCCGACCGUCGUUUCUUUCCGGGACAGGCUGGCGAUAUUCUGCGGGGACGAGACGCGACGCUGAGUGGUCAAGUAUCGGGUCGGCCAAGACCGACGGUGACGUGGCGUCUACCGUCUGGGAGGCAACUGAGACGAGGCGAAUCGGAUGGCAGAGUGACGGUGCUAAACAAUGACGAUCUGAAGAUAGAGAAUGCCCAACCGGAAGACGCCGGGAACUACCGUAUCGUCGCUAGCAACAGUGCGGGUGUAGAUAAAGUAGACAUUCCUGUGACAGUAUCGGACCAGCCGCAGAUGACGACGAGGCUGACCGACACGGCAACAAUAGAUGGUGAAAAGGCGUUUCCGGAUAAGGACGGGAGACUUCGCGUAAAUCCCGGAAGUUCGGUGUCGAUGAGCUGCUCGGCGUCCGGUUCGCCGUCUCCCGAUCUGAGUUAUGCAAAGAACGGUGUAGCCGUGUCGGCUGCAGGUCGAGUGUCGGUCGAGACAACCGACGCGGGUGCUCUCGACUUGACUAUCGAUGACAUACGAGCUUCGGAUAUGGGUGACUAUGUCUGUACGGCAAACAACGAUGCAGGCGCAGACUCGUCGAGGAUAGUAGUGGCUGUAGCAGACGGACCGAGAAUCGACAGACGGCCAGACGAUCCGGUUGAGUAUUCGGACGCGGGAAUGUCGGUUGCAGUCGGUCGUUCCUCUGUUACGGCGCAACCCGGUCGCCAACUUCGGCUCUUGUGCACGGCAGACGGCGAUCCACAGCCAACAGUCGAAUGGUCGCGUAAUGGAAGAGUAAUCAGCGACGGCGCCGGUGUCGAACAGUCAGACGGCGUGCUAACGUUUGACAGCUUCUCUGCAGACGAUGCCGACGCUUAUAGUUGUGUGGCUCGAAACAGCGGUGGUGAGGACCGUGAUACCAUACACGUAAUGGCACCGGUGGCUCCUGUUAUUCGUCGCUCUCCAAUGUCUCCUACUGAGCGUCCGUUGAUCGCCAAAGACGCAGCGUACGACAUCGGUCAGGUGGCAGAAGUAGUGGAAGGUUACUCGACGACCAUCUCUUGUUCUGCGUCCGGUACGCCGAGUCCGUCUCUACAAUGGAGACUUCCGUCCGGUCGCAGGCUGAAACCCGGCCAAUCUUACGACAGAGUAUCGGUAUCUGACGACGGACGGUUGCUUGUAGCAAACACUCGCCUGGACGACAGCGGCAAAUACCGUUGUAUUGCGAGUAACCCCGCUGGAAGAGAUCGAGUGAAGACUGAGCUGAGAGUGAUCCCUACGCCUACAUCGACGAUUAGCGUCGACUCGCCCGAGUCGCCUUCCGACGACGAUAUUUUGGUCGCCGAUUCGAGUACAGAGGUGACGCUGAGCUGUGACGUCGGUUCCCUGUCGGACGCGGACGCGGUGUGGACGCGAGACGGAACAGAGUUCGAUCGUGGCAAGAGUCGGGUGACGGUGACCGGUGGUGCGUCCGGUCACGAGUAUUCGUGUAUUGUCGCAAACGAGGCCGGCAGUGCAGCGGACGCCGUCAACAUUCGGGUUGCAGAUACGGGUAAGCCUUUUAUUAAACGAACACCGAAAGAACCGCCGUCUUCGCCUCGAAGCGAUUCUGUCAAUACGUCUGUCGGCCCCCCUGAUGUACAAGUUCGUCCCGGUCAGCAACUGACCAUUGCGUGUGGAGCAGAGGGCAGACCCGAUCCAGAAAUAGCGUGGGACGUGGACGGUCAGUCGAUCGUCACCGGUGGAAGGUACAACGUUGGCAGCGAUGGCAGUCUAGUUAUAUCGUCGGUGCAACGCGAAGACGAGGGCAGCUACACGUGCACGGCUACCAACACGAACGGUGACGACCGUGCAACCAUCGAUGUCGUAGUGCCGGAGUCUCCUGUUAUCGACGAAAGACGCACAGCAGAUCGGGAAGAUCCUCCUUCGGAUGGUCACUUGUCGUUCGAUCCAGGCGAAACCCCACGAGUUGUCAGUGGCAACGACGUCACAUUGAAGUGUCCCGUCUCGAGUCAUCCCAAAGCCAACGUUGUGUGGCGUUUCGUAGACGGCACAGAACUGGGCAUAGGAGAAACGAGCGGCAGAGCGACGGUGUCAGACGACGGCAGUCUAACCAUUAGCGACGCCCAACCGAGCGAUAGCGCGCUGUAUGAUUGCGUUGUGGCAAGCGUCGGAGGGACGGACCAAACAGACUUCGAUCUAGAUGUAGUCGCUCCCCCAGAAGUAAUCGAGCGUGCCGGCGACAACGUUACGAUAGACAACACGUUGGUGAGUCCUUCGGACGAAGACACCGUCAUCAGUCGGAGCGGUUCUGACGUCAGUAUGUCGUGCACUGCCGUCGGUUCGCCAUUGCCAACUAUCAGCUGGACACACGAGGGAACGGUCGUCAGUAGCAGCGAAUCGGUGUCCAUUGUCAGCAGUCAGACUGGCUCAGAGGCGACGAGUCGCUUGACUCUAUCCGGAGUGGACGUUUCGGACGCCGGAAGUUACAGCUGCGUUAGCAGCAACCCCGUGGGAUCGGAUUCGUCGUCUGUCGACAUCGAAGUUGCUCCUACCAACUCACCGGUGAUUGACCGACGGCCAGAUGAAGAGCCCAGUGUUAGCGCUCAAUCGGUCACUACGACUAUCGGUCGAUCCGACGUGUACGUCGGCGACGGACAAAACUUGCGCGUCAAAUGUACCGCCACUGGAAACCCGACGCCGACAGUGACUUGGGAGAAAGGAGGGAACGAAAUUGGGUCGACUGGAAGGGUGAGGGUUGAAGCCGAGGGCACUCUGAACGUCGACGAUUUCGAAGGCCGGGACGUCGGCGCGUACACUUGCGCGGCUACCAAUUCGCAGGGCAUCGACAGACAAUCCAUAAGUGUUUCUAGAGCCGUUGAACCGGUAAUCCGUCGUCUUCCCGCACAACCGGACAGUCGGACCGUAGAAGACCAAGAUCAAACGUAUCGUGUCGGUCCAACGUGCGAGAAUGCCCGUGCGGUCGUCGGACGAACGGUUACGUUCCAGUGUCCGGUGUCGUCGAGUCCUCCAGCCGACGUCCGAUGGACGUUGCCUUCCGGUAGGGUGUUGAGACGCGAGGAGACGUCGGGAAGAAGUUCUGUAACAGACGACGGCAGUCUGCGUAUCAGAAACGUACAAGGUAUCGACGACGGUAUGUACUGGUGUCGUGCUUCGAACGUGGUGGGCGAAGAGUCAGAUUCGUGUAACUUGGUGGUGAUCGAACCUCCUCGUCCUGUCAACGAGACUGUGGUGAUGGUAAACGGAAUGCGAACGUACCCGUCGACAGACGGAGUAGUGAAAGUACAACGGGACUCGCCGUUUUCCAUAGCUUGCUCGUCCGCGGCUCGACCGAAGGCGGAAGCUUACUUUUUGAAAGACGGCGAAAUACAGCAGUCUGGUGGCAGAUACGACGUGACUGUGGCGGAUGACGGAUCUCAGAUUGAACUUGUGAGGAGGCGAGCUCGGACGCCCGACGUCGGUACCUAUUCGUGUGUAUUCGAGAAUCCGGGCGGAAGUACGUCCAGCCCUGUAGCUCUAGAUGUAGUAGAUGGAACGCCGACAAUCAUUCGACGACCGGACGUAGAACAAGAGGUCGACGGUAACAGGGUUACUGCUCAAAUCGGUAAUCCCGAUGUCAUCGGUGGCGAGGGGCAGACUGUACGUGUCGUGUGCGAUGCCGCGGGCUCGGGCGUAAACAUCGCGUGGUAUGGCCCGGACGGAAUGUCUGCUGGGUCUGGAAGCCCGCUUGUGAUACGAGAGUUUGAUGGUGACAAGGCCGGCAUGUACACGUGCGAGGCGACCAACAGAGGAGGAAAAGACACAGAAGCGAUAACCGCCGUUCUAGGAGAGAGUCCGAAGAUUAGCAGUCCCGAUCCCGUUGUGCCCGAAAGACCACUCCCAGACGAAGAUCGUGAAUAUCCCGUCGGGCAGAUCUCUGACGUCCGUCGUGAAAGGACAUUGACGUUGACGUGCUCAUCCGUUGGGAUACCACCCGGAGACAUCUCGUGGACUCUUCCUUCGGGCACGAGUCUUCGUAUAGGAGAGUCAGAAGGGCAAGUCAGCGUUAACGACAACGGUGACUUGACGAUCCGUGAUUCUCGGGACGAAGACGUCGGACAAUACACUUGUACGGCAAUAAACAGUUUGGGCGCUGUGGGUAGAUCGAGCAAAGUCAACGUAUACGUUCCUCCAACGACCGACUUGGACACCGCUCAAGUGGACGGUCAACCGGUGUUUCCGUCACCCUCGACGGGAUCCGUAGACGUGCCUCCCGGUUCGCGGUUAUCACUAGAGUGUGAAACGUUUGGCGUGCCGAACCCGACAACAACGUGGUUACGAAAUGAAAUGCCCAUCACGCCCGGUGGUCGAUUCUCCAUCGGAGGAAGGAGCAAUUUAGAUGGUGUCUCCGUCAGCAUGCUGGAAGUGACGAACAUGGGUAAAAAUGACACGGGCCUGAAUAGAGUAUCUAAAGGAACUCACUGUCUAAAGGACCCAGAAACAUAA